UAGUUUAAAAACCUAUGGUCUGCAUCUUCAGGCAACCAGGACAGAGCAUCAAUUUGAACACACCCUCAGCUAGCAUUGACAAUGGUCGGCCCGAAUCUUGCUCUCCUCUCCCUCUCGGGUGCGGCUCUUGCAGCGGCGCAGUCUUUUCAGACUACGCCUGUGCUCGGCUGGAACUCUUACAACAAGGACUCGUGCAGUCCUACGCAAGACGGCAUUACCAAGACCAUCAAUGCGCUUGCAGACCGCGGCUUUGUUGCUGCAGGCUACAAUUACUUCCAGAUCGACUGCGGCUGGGCUUCUCGCGAUGGUCAGCGCAAUUCCACAAGUGGUGCGCUCAAGAUCGACACGAAUGCUUUCCCGGGUGGCUUGUUGCCACUGAGCGACCUUGCGAGGAGCAAGGGCAUGAAGUGGACGAUGUAUUCGGAUGCGGGUGUUAGGAUGUGCGACCCGCAAUCGCCCAGUCCGGUGCUGGGCUCGCUAGGGCACGAGGCUCAGGAUGCUGCGUUCUUCAAGAGCUUAAACACAGAAUACGUCAAGUAUGACAACUGCUAUGCGGACGGACCCAACUCCAGCCAGAAUGCGCCCAAGGAUGCAAGGACCGACUUUCCCACUCGCUUCGGCACGAUGUGGACAGAACUGCAGCGAGUUGGCAUUUCAGGUAUGAUGAUCUGCCAGUGGGGUGUUCCCUACAGUUCGUCCAGUGGACUUCAGGGACCCAAGGACUGGACCAAGGGCAUCUCGACGUCUUUCCGUCUGUCAGACGACAUUGCUCAAGGCUGGAGCAACGUGUACCGCAUCUAUAACCAGGCUGUCCAUGUCACUGCGUCUGGUGUUGUUGGUCCUGGUCACAUUGCUGAUGCCGAUUUGCUCGAAGUGGGCAACGCGGGCAUGACCUUCGACGAGCAGGCUACGCACUUUGCGUCGUGGGCUAUGUUGAAGUCUGCUCUUAUGAUCUCCACCGACAUCACUGCUCUUUCGGCCGACACCGUCAAGGUUCUGCAGAACAAAGAUCUAAUUGCCAUCAACCAGGACUCAGCCGUCAAGCCCAUCACGCUCAAACAGCGCUGGACAUCCGACCGCGAUCUCUGGAGUGGCGAUCUCGCCAAUGGCGAUAUUGCUGUCCUUGUCGUAGAUCUCAGCAACGCAGCCCGCACGCUUACAGUCCAGUUGUCCUCCCUUGGCAUCGCGUCCGCGACCAUCAAGGACCUGUGGGCCGGCACAACUACCACCGGUAGCUCCUUCUCCAAGCAGGUCAACGCCCACGGUUCCCUCGCCCUGCGUCUGUCCAACAUUAGGCGCACCACAACCACCACAAACUACACCUACAUCUCCGCCUCGACCGGCUCGCUCGCUGCAGGCGCCAACAUCCAGACCUGCUCGGGCUGCACAUCGACCAACAAAGUAGGGAAUCUGGGCGGCCCUUCGAACGGCGCUCUCACAUUGAGCAACAUCCGCACCAGCCAAGCUACUCAGGUCGUGCGCUUUGACUACAUCAACGGCGAGGUCGGAUUUGGGGGCAGCACCAACGAACGUUUGGCGUCGAUCAGUGUGAAUGGCGGUACGGCGAAGACAGUCAGCUUUCCGUUGACUGGGUACAACUGGGACAAGGAUGUGUUGAAGAGCUAUGCGGUUGAGUUGUCUGGAUUCAGCACCACAGGAACGAACACUAUCGUUAUUAAGGGUGUUGGAAACGCGUAUGCGCCAGAUUUUGACAGAGUGGGUGUUGUGGCUUAAGCUAGAGCGUCUGCAAAGGCAAACUGAAUAGUAUUCCCCCC